AUGGACGAUGAUAGGAUGAAAAAUAUUGGAGAAAGAAAAAUGGGUGGUGGAGUAGAAAAUGCUCAGACUGAGAAAGCAAAGGAGGCUGCUGAGCGUGAGGAAAACAUGAAAAACGCCAUCCUUUCACAGGUUCUUGAUCAAAAUGCUAUGGCUCGCUUAAGCAAUUUGUCUGCAGCAAAACCUGAGAAGGCUAGGAUGGUGGAAAAUAUGAUCGUACAAAUGGCAAGGAGAGGACAAAUAGCAGGUAAAAUGAACGAUGAAACAUUAAGGCAGUUGCUGACUCGUUUCUCAGAAAAUACUCGACAAACAACAACUGUCAAGUUCGAUAGAAGACGAGCAGCGAUCGACUCCGAUUCCGAUUAA